CAUCGCCUCCCUCCUCUUCGCUUCAGCAGAUACAGAUGUGGCUUGUUUAUUGAAAGCUGAGCAACAGGAAAUACCCCAAAUCUUUGGGGGCCCCGACAGUGGAGGCCAACAGAAACAUAAGAAUGUGAGGUGCGCGCGCAAACGGCCAAAGUUUCUGUUUAUGGUCACAGAUUAAAAAGUGGAGCGGGGAGAUCUAGAGAGCCAGAAAAGGAAAGACAAGAGGAGGAACAGGUCUGCUUUUGGCCUCUUUUCCUCUCAGGAAACGCAUCCUGUUGCUGGCUGGCUCUGGCGUGUUUGUUGCACAUGGGAGAAGGAGGACUUUCGCAAACGCCCCCCUGCUCUCCAGACAAAAGAAUCCAGCGGCCAUGACGUCUGCGCCGGGUUCUUUUUUAGACGCUCACACACACAAACCCGUUUUUUUUUUUUUUUAAAUCGAUCCUGGAGGAGGGCAUGUCCAAACUGAUGAGCAGCACAUUUCAACUCUGACCUACAAACGGAGAGGACUUCUUGUUCCAGUCGACUCAGAAACUGUCCACAGAAGAUUCGUUUUGAAAACAAUGCGUUUGCUUUGCAGAAACUAAACAAAAAGUGAGAAAAGUGCGUUAAAAACAAACGAGCAGAUUUAAGCGAGCGUGAAGCUGCAGCCAGUGGAAGGAGGUGGAAUGGACCCCGGUGCCGGUUGGACCAACCCGCAGGUACCAGCGCUGCUGUCCGAGGAGGAGGGCUGAGGAUCCGUCGCCACGACAACCGGCUCCCGGAUGACGAUGAAUGGAGAUGUUCUUUAGCUAAAGCGACACUCCUGUGACAGCUGGAAGAAGCAGAGGAAGCGGAGGACGGCGGCGGAGCGGUGGCGGGCGUCGGGCGCCGCAUGGCCGUGCGCAGGCUGGUGGCGGCGGCGGUGGCGGUGGCGCUGCUGUCCCUGGUGCUCAACAACGUGGCGGCCUUCACGCCCAGCUGGGUUCUGCAGGCGCUGGAGGACGGCCGCAAGCGCAGCGUGGGACUGUGGAGGUUGUGUCCCGCCAGCGCCGAGCGCGGACGCGACGACCUGCAGGCGGCCGGCCGGGGGCACGGCACGCAGAGGCAGUGCACCGCCAUCGGCUGGGGGUCGGAGUUCGCCGGCUACCAGGAGUCCCGCAGCACCGUCAAACUGCAGUUCAACAUGAUGCGAGCGUGCAACCUGAUAGCGACGGUGGCGCUGACGGCCGGCCAGCUCAUCUUCCUGCUGGGCCUGAUGGAGCUGCCCUUCGUCACGCAGGAGUCCCAGUGGUGGGAGGAGGCCAUCGCUGCGCUCUUCCAGCUAGCCAGUUUUGUGCUGGUGAUCGGACUGGUCACGUUCUACCGGAUUGGGCCCUACACACACCUGUCCUACUCCUGCUACGUGAACAUCGCAGCCUGCCUGCUGGCCACCAUGGCCGCCGCCAUGCUCAUCUGGAACAUUUUACACCGGCGGGACGACUGCCUCGCUCCGCGGGUCAUAAUCUUCAGUGCCCCGCUGGCCUCUGCCUUUCAUCCGCGGCUGGACAACGAGUAUGUGGAGUCGCCUUGCUGAGCGAAGCCAGGCGGGGAAACGGACUGAAGCGACGACACUGAGCUCUGAAAAGCUCCUAUUAUAUCUUGGCUGCAUGUCUGUAACGGGACUCUAAAGACAAGGUGCAUUCCUGUGGACAAGCUUGUUUUUGCAGCUUUACAAAGUUUUUCCUUUGAAUAUAACAGAAUAAUUUUUGCUGCUUAAAGCACAUAUUUUUCCAAAAUACCACGAAGCAGCCAAAACAUACAAAUAUACUGUAUGAAGUCUUAUAUAAGCACCAUAAGGUGAGUUUGGACAUGAACUGUCUUCCAUACAACAUCUUUAUAAAAAGAUCAAGCUGGAACUUGACCUGAUUUUGUUUUGUUUAAUCGCACUUAUUGAAUGGUCCCUUACAUAAUUAUGAAUUGGGAAUAACACCACAUUACCUCAUAUUGUCUCCAUCAUUGAAAGUGCAUAAAAAUUUACAUAUAUGCUAAUGUAUUGGAAUAUUGGUAAGUUGGCUACACGCUAACAAGGCUACAGGCUUAGAGUAAAUAUUACCAGUAAACCAGAGUAGAUCUAAUCGGUGGAAGCAAAAAUAUAAACACUUUCAUCUAAAAUUAUUUGGAUUUAUUUUGCAGUUUUUGGAAUAGAUAAAAAAAUUGAUGGUGAAUAUUACAUUUACUUGUUAUGAUGCUUUCCUUAUUAAAUUCUGCUUGCUCGUGGUACAUUCUGUAUACCUUAAAUUAAGAGACUAGGAUAGUGCUAUCAUUACAGGUGGGAUACUAAUGUGUGUCUGAUUCCACCAGGGCAGCAAGAAAAGGGGCACAUCAACAAACUAUCAUUGUAAAUUCAAUAAAAAAUAUAUUUCUGAAUAUGUAAACAUAAUGGCUGCUGCUGUUACUACUGAUGUGUUUCACCAGAUGACAAAACGGAGUUAAUAAUCUUAGAAAUAAAGUUUGGAGCAGACAUGAUGGUAGUGGUGGGCACACCUUUCGCUAAUAUGCUAAGCUAGUUUCUAGCUUAAUGCUUUUGCUAACUUUGAAAACGUGUAGUAGAGUAAGUUUUGCUUAAAUUAAUUGUUCCAGAUAAAUUCUAAAGCGAUAAUUCACUCGGCUGUUUUAUAAACUUUCAGUUGAUUAAAGUUUGAUAUCUGUGUUGAAAUUUUUGUUAUUGAUUGUUGAGAAUUAAUCAAAUUGUUAUACGUUAGGCGUUUAUAUUUAUGCUCUUAUUUUGAAGGGGAUGAAGACAUUUUCCAUUUCCUCUCUUCAUGAUCUGUAUAUUUUUUUCCCAAGAGUUUUAUUUAACCUUGAAGAAAACAAGAUAUAAAUAUAAAUACAAUAUUUAAGAGCAUUAUAGAGCAUGUAAAUUAUAAUGUCAAAAUUAAACUGGUGCUCAGUGGUUUCAGAUAAAUUUGAAUGGUUUUACUAUUUAAACUUGAUUUAAAUGAUUGUACAUAAGCCUAUGCAGAACUGAAGAUAAAAAACCCUGGAAAUUUGUUUUUUGUUUCAGAUUUUUAGAGAUGUAGAUAUUUACCAUAAAU